UCCCCUUUUUCUCUCUUUCUGAUCCCUGCCAGUAUAUGUGUGCGUACGUGUGUACUGCGUAUCCUAUCUUAGGAAACGCCGUGUGUGCGCGCAGAGGGAGACGAGACGGGUGUAGGUUUUAAAUAAAAAUUUUUGCAAACUAAACGAACGUGGGUAACAUAUCGAUAGUGUGUCUGUCGAGGCUGUGUGUGGCAGAACGUGACUGUCCCGCGGACCUCAGGGACGGCAGUCUACUGAAUUUUUACAUGAAGGAACAGGACGUACCAGAGUACCUGAAGGGCUGUGGUUUGACCACCUGCACGUCCGUCGACAUGCCCGAGGAGAUGGAGAUGCGCGACAAGGAGAAGAAGCUGUCGGCCACUUCGAUUAACAGCAGCGGUAGUAGCGGCUGUAGCAACGCCGACACGAAGAAAAUGGUAACCGUGAAACGUCCGGAGUCGAACAAACCGAAACCCACAACGAAGAAGGGCAAGCCGAUUCAGGCUAAUCUGGACGUGGCGAAGGCGUUCGUCCGCUGUCGAGACGAGUGCAAGAAACUGCUGGACCUCAGCAAAGCCAGCAUCACGCACCUACCGAGCACGGUACGGGACCUCACGCACCUGAAAGAGUUUUACCUGUACGGCAACAAAUUAGUGAGUCUGCCAUCGCAAAUCGGCUGCUUGACCAACCUAGAGACAUUGGCGUUGAAUGAAAACUCACUCACCAGCCUGCCUAAUACGUUGGAAAAUCUUAAGCGUUUGCGAGUGUUAGAUCUUAGGCACAACAAGUUGAACGAGAUACCGGACGUUGUGUACAAACUCAAGUCGCUCGUCACGCUGUUCUUGCGCUUCAACCGGAUCAAAUACGUCAGCGACAACAUCCGCAACUUGACGAACCUCGCCACACUGAGCCUGCGGGAAAACAAGAUCAAGGAGCUGCCAUCGGGCAUCGGGGACUUCCUGAAUCUGCACACCUUUGACGUCUCCCACAAUCACCUGGACCACUUGCCUGAGGAGAUCGGCAAGUGCGUGCAGCUGUCCACGUUGGACCUGCAGCACAACGACCUCCUAGACAUACCCGACUCGAUCGGCAAUCUCGUGUUGUUGAUGCGGCUCGGGCUCCGCUACAACGCACUGACGAGUAUCCCUGAGUCCUUGUCCAACUGCAAGUUGAUGGACGAGUUUAGCGUGGAGGGUAAUCACGUGUCGCAGGUGCCGGACGGUUUGCUGUCCAGUCUGUCGAACCUCACGACAAUCACGCUUUCCAGGAACAACUUCACCUCGUACCCGAGCGGCGGUCCGUCGCAGUUCACCAACAUCUAUUCCAUCAGCAUGGAGCAGAAUCAGAUCGACAAGAUACCUUACGGCAUCUUCUCGCGAGCGAAAAAGCUUACGAAGCUCAACAUGAGGGACAAUCAGCUGACGGCGCUGCCGUUGGACAUCGGCACGUGGGUCAACAUGGUCGAGUUAAAUCUCGGCACGAAUCAGUUGACCAAGAUCCCGGACGACAUACAGUUCCUGCAGAAUCUCGAGGUAUUGAUACUGUCCAACAACCUACUGAAGCGCCUGUCAGCUAGCAUAGCGAACCUACGUAAGCUCCGGGUGCUCGACCUCGAAGAGAACCGGCUCGAGUCGCUGCCGAACGAGAUCGGCUUUCUGCGGGAACUGCAGCAGCUGGUGUUGCAGUCGAACCAGCUGACGUCGUUGCCGCGCGCGAUCGGCCACCUGACGAAUCUCACGGUCUUCAGCGUCGGCGAGAACAAUCUCAACUAUCUGCCCGAGGAGAUCGGUACGCUGGAGAACCUGGAGACUCUCCAUAUCAACGACAACGCGAAUCUGCACAACCUGCCGUUCGAGCUGGCGCUGUGCCCCAAGCUCAUCUUCAUGUCGAUCGACAAUUGUCCACUGUCCCUUAUGCCGCCGGAGAUCGUCGCCGGUGGCCCGGCGAUGGUGAUACAGUUCCUGAAGAUGCAGGGCCCUUACCGGGCGAUGUAACCAAGCCAUUGAGCCGAUUCGUGCGCACGUUCCUCGUGCGCCGCAAUGUCACACGGAUGUCGAUUCUUAAUUCUACCGAGGGAGCGACUGACAGACUGUCCUUAGACUAACAACGACGCGAGGAGAGAUCUUUCGUACGGAUCAAAUCUGUCGACUUAAAUUCUCGCUCUAAUGAUCUCGCUUUUCGGGAACGCGCAACAACGUGUGCUCGCGCGUUAUACGCACGCACCAUCUGUGUGUGUGCGUGUGUGUAUGUGUGUGUGUGCGCGCGCGCGUGUGUGUGCGUGUGUAUACAUGUGUGUGUAUACGCGUAUGUGAAAAUGUUUUCAUUGUUCCUCGCUUCUUCGGCCAGAGAGGCGGAGAAUGCACGCUUUUCUCUCUGUGUGAAACAGAAUAAUGUGUAAUGUGUACAUAUUAUAUAUUAAUAUAUAAUAUACACUACAAUAUAAUAACAAUAUAAUAUAUUAUAUAUUAAUAUAUAAUAUACAUGCACACAUACAUACACACACGCGCGCGCGCGCGCGCAGGUAUAUACGUACACGAAAUUAGCGUUGAAUCAGGUGUUUUUCUCGCGAACGGAGGAGAUUUAAAGCUUGUGCAAUUCUACGAUAUUUUAGAUAUCUGGAUGCAGUGACACGUAAUUUCAGCGAACGUAAAUUACGGAAGAAGCCGUAUUUACAUAAUUAUACAUAAACUAUAUUUAUACGACUGUAUUCGUAUUAGUUCGCGUUGUAUUUAUGUGCUUUGUUAAGGUAUGAUUUGUCGCUGAUGGAAUUUGGACUUAGCGUCCGAAGGAGCAAUAUAUUUUUGCAUGACGCAAUAAGAAGGCGACGAAGUUUUCUCCUACCGAAAUGUGAAACUUCCAAAUUGUGCAUAAACGCACUAGAGUCGCGUUGAAUAUUUUAUACGACUAUUGUAUUAUUUUCUGUUUUUAUCGCGUCGGAGCGUUUGACAUUUGAAACGAAUAAAGUUUUCGGCAUUGCUUCGAGCUCAAAAAGAAAUUGUGAACGUGAUUCUUGUUCAUUUUAAUUCUUUACGACAUAAUGACGUGAUUUAAUAUCACGAGAAAUAUUUUCAAGUAUACUGCAAUUAUCUUUGGAUUUAGUAAAACUAAACUCGACAAAUUUCACAGACAAUUUCACAGAAGGUUUCAUCUAAUAUGGCAAAGUAAAUGCCUAUUUAAACGUAGCUUGCGAAUUUUUCAAGCUAUAAUUAAGUUAUAAUUUCUUUACGAUAGAACGACAAAAUUACGCAGACAUAGGGAAUAUCCUUCGCGAAGGAGCAUAAUAAAAACGUCCUGUCUACUACUGUGUAUAUAUAUAAGUACAAAGAUGUGAGACAAGAUCUUUAAAGUAGAAACUAUUACGAAGAAAGAGAUGAAAAAAAGAAAACGUUAAGAAUCGGCAUCGAUGAUAUUGUUCAUUGUAUUAAUAAAGCGUCGAGAUGUACUUCAUAUAAAAAAAAAAGCGAGAGAAGAAAGAAAUAUUUUACUAAAAAAUAUUAAAUCGAGAGUUUAUGAAUAUGCGAAUAUACAUAGAACAAAUGUCGAUACGCGUUAGUUUCCAUUUUACAAAUGUUGCGUACGGUACAUGUUUUUUUUCUUUUUUUUAUCCAUAUAUGCGUCAUACUUUAUUAGAUCAUAUACAAUACUGUUUUUGACGAUCCAAGACACACUCCUCUGAAACGUAAAACUGUAGCUACUCAUCUAAUUCAACGGGCCGUAUUUAAUUUCAAUAGCAUUGUUUUCGUCUUUCCUUUUGUAUGCCGAUAAAUUCAAGCAGUCAUGAGACAAAAAGUAUAUACACUCAAUAUAUAUAUAUAUAUAUAUAUAUAUCUGUGAAAGUAAGACUUAUACAGAGACAGAAGUUAAUCUAUAUAUGAGAAAUAACGCCUGUAUAUGCGCGAUAUCAUGUUAAAUUUAGAUUUACUUUUGUUAAGUAAUUUGCAAUAAUUAGCGACGAUUGUGUGUACUCGAUCGAAAUUCACGUGAUAGAGCAAGAAGGUGAUAGAGUUCCAUGUGCAAUUGUAUCGCUACGAAAUAGUACGGACUGUCACGGUGUAAUCAGCAACUCCGUUUGAAUCGAAUUAUAAUAUACAGACACGAAUAUACACGUGAGGAAGAAAAAAAGAAAAGUAUUCAAGCGUAUAAAAUAUGUGUUUGAGUCCAUGUUACGGCUCGUAUGAGCCGUGUUGAAGAAAUUGUUGAAAAACGUGGUGGUAUAUACACGGUCAAAGAGACAACAACGCGACAGUAUUUUGUAACUCCGCGGAAAAAGAAAAAAAAUCAAGCGGAUUUUUUAUUAAUUUUUUUUUGUUCAAUAUAACGGUACGUCUCUCGUAGUUACGACGAUUAAAGCAAAAUGAAACCACUACUGUACCGUCUUAGAGUGUGCUUUCAUUAGAUUAAAGAGAUUGCGCUGCCAAAGCACAAAGAAGAAACAAAGAACAAAACUCGAGUGAAGAAACGGAGAACGACACAUUGAACACCUUUUUGAGAUUAUAUUUUGCUAAGUUCCACACAGAGCGAUCAGUUUUUUCCGUCGCUGUCUCUCAUCUCUCUCUCUCUCUCUUCCUCUCCCUCUCUCUCACUCUUUUUCUUUCUUUCUCUCUCCCUUCUCCCUCCUUACUCUCUUUCUCUAUUUCUCUCUCACAGUCACGCACACACUCCCUCGCUUUCUCAUUCGCUCUUCUUUCUCUCUCAUAUCAAUGUCGUUGUUCCGCUUUUGACUAUGCACAAAAAAAUAGUGCCAAUGUAAUUGUAAAAUUAUAUGUAUAUAUACAUAUAUAUGUAUCUUUAUGAAGAUAUCGUUACACACACAACACAACACACUACUGAUUAUAGAUAAAUUUAUUAUCUAUCACAUACAUACAGAUUCGCGUCUAACAACGCCUCUAAACCUGUAGACUCUCUUAUAGAGCCUUUAUAGCUUGUCGACUUCUUCGUUCCACGCGUGGUCUCUUUCGCUUUUGUAUAUGUUACAAUAGACUAUAUUUCUCUCUCUCUCUCUCUCUUUCUCUCUCUCUCUCUCUCUCUCUCUCUGUCUGUCUGUCUCUCUCUCUCUCUCUCUCUCUCUCUCUCUUUCUACAUAUAGUUGUAUAUGAUUAAUGACGUAGUCGUGUAUAUUGUGCUGUAUCAUGAUUUGCGAGUGAAACUAGCCGAUUUAUUGUUCUCGCAAUUAUUUCCGGCGGUUUACCUAGUAAGUCGAGUCGAGAGUUAGUCGCACGCUUAAUGCUAAACGUGAUUGUCUCCGAUUGAAUUAAAUUCAAUUGAAGUAAUGACGAUGUAUAAUAACUACAGCGAGACAGUAAAGUUGCGCGGGGACUGAUGCGAUUGAUAUUAAUUUAAUUAAUUCAAUUGAAGAUUAACACACACGCUCGAGAUUCUCCGUUCUCCAGGCAGUCUCAUUUAGCGAUAAAUGUGCAAGAUUGAAUCAUGACUGUCAUGCGCCGAAUCGACAGUCCUGAUCCUGAUCCGUUGAUGCGCAGGAAUAUUUCCGCCAAGAAAUUUUCCAGACGAUGCGUGCGAAUGAUGCGUAUCAGUAGAAUGUUCUCGAGCGCUAGAUUGUUUAGUAGCCGCCGACUUAUCAGUUUUUUUCUCUGUGUUGCGACGAGAUUACGCGAGUGUGACGUCCGGAGAAAGUGUAAAAAUUUCCCUGUGUACCAUUCGUGAGUAUUAGUUCGGCGAGAAAAAGGUAGAAAGAAGGAGAAAAAAACAAGUGCACAAGAAGCGUUCGCCGUGAGUCGGAGUGAGUGAUCGCUAUUAUUACGAGCGAUCGUGGGCGAUAGUGGACGUAUCUUGUUAGAACGUCGUUAAAGAGAAAAAAAAGAUGUUGCAACUACUGUGGCUGUGUGCGAAAGAAUUUGUACUCUACUACUAUCUAAACGAUCCCGCGUAUACUAUUAUAUUGUCGAUCGUGUCAGUCGGACUGACGUUUCCUCAUUCUUCGCUCUACUCAUAAGCUCAUACUCGUCUCUCUGCUCUACUCGUGCGCACUUGAUUUCUCUCGUUUCUCACUUUGCUCGCAUUUAUCGGAAGAAAUAUAUUUCCCCGCCGGUGUCUGCCGCUUCGGUCGAUCCCGAGAUUAUGGGUGUCAUCCUGAUUUCUUCUUUUCGAUCUACGCGAGGCUACGAAGGAGUUCGAUGUUGCGAGACGUUACGACUUGUGACGAUCCUAUUGUCGCACAUUGAAUGGUCUACCACUUGUUGCGUCAAGUGACUGGAAGAGAAAAGAGGAGUACGAACGGAGAAAGAAGUACGGUUAAUGAUGAUUAAUCGAUCGAGCGAUCUUAUCCGCUCGUUGCGGAGAAGUUUGCGCAGACGUGUAUCUAACGAUAUGUUGCCGCUUCUCCCCACAUAUGCAUGUAUAUUUUAUAUUUAAACUCUAUUAGUGUGUGUCUACGAGUAUCCAUCCGCUUCGAACAAACGCAAGGGAGAGACACAGUAUACUCGCACCUUACACAAUGUGUGACAUUCGUGUCUUGUGGCUUCCUGUUCCGCGAGUCCGCAAGAAUCUUCGUUGUAUUGCUCUGGACGCGGUCAUCGCGAUCGCGCGUAUCAAUUAAAGCGCGCAGCUUCUUCCUCGGAGAUCCUGCGACAUAGUCGACAUGGCCGCGAAUGACUUUAUUUUUGUGUUUUUUGCAACGCACGUUCUCAGAGACUAUUCCGCUCGGUAAUCCUCAUUAUCUCGACGACUGCUGACUGCAGGACGAGCACGCUCGCGAUUCGUGAAGAUCGCGCGAUGAACACACUAAAGUCCGACUCGCGAAAGGCGCAUGUCGGGUGAUGGUGGAACGUUGCUAAGGUUCUUGCUGAUUGUAACGGGUAAGCGAGUAUCUGUUAAGUCUGAAAGUGAAAAAAAAAUUCCGUUUUAUUGUAUCGUAGGAUAAAGCAGUUGCAAUUAACGGUCGCCAUGGACUGCUGAUUGCGCGGGAACUAUCGAAUAGCUCGAAAGACGUUUGUCUCGUUCAAAAACGCGCUUCUUACCGGCACUGGAAGAGGAGGUGGAGAAGGAAAUUUACGUUAAAGAUACCGCCAAGAUAUAAUUUACUUAGCAUAUAUAUGAUGCGCAAGAAAUAAUAUGCAUUUUUACAAUUACUGUUUUAUAGAGGCCUUUGCGAAGUUUAGCGUUAAAAUAUAGUAUAGUUUUAUACCUUGCGUUAUAUAUGUAUAUAUGCAUAUAUAUAUAUAUAUAUAUACACGCACACAUUUAUCGUUGCUUUUUAUGUAUUCUAUGCCAUAUGUUUAAUUCAGAGUUACAAAAGUACGCGUCGACACUUCCGCAACUUUGCUUUGAUUCGACUGUCUCAGUUUGUUGAGAUUGCUUGUUUAUUAUAUUAAAGAUCAUGUAAUAUCGGUAUGUUAGUUAAAACUUUAAGAAUAUGAUAUCAAACGAGAAACCAACAAAGAGAAUAGAUAUAUUUAAUCUUCUCAUUUCGAUGGUUGACUUUGAGGAACCAAUGAGAAAAACUUAGGAAACUUGCAAGAGGAAGAUAAGAAGAAUGUUAAUACGUACCGCAAGUAUACAAGAUACAAUUCUAAAUGAGAGAAACUUAGGAAACUUGCAAGAGGAAGAUAAGAAGAAUGUUAAUACGUACCGCAAGU